CGCUAGUGCUCCGUUUCUAAAGCGCGUGCACGUGCAGCGGGAUCGCGCCACAUAGAGAAUAGAGAGCGGCGCUGUGUCGGGUCGCGCGCUAAUCUGAAGUAGAGAAGCGCGAUAUUAUAAGGCUUUAUAACCGCAUUUCACUUCUCACGCGCAGCUAGUGUAGAGUUUUCUCUUCUUCCUCAAGCGGGAGAGUUAACAAAUACGUUCGGGAUCACGUUCUUCUGGAGUUUUUUGUUCGGUAAAAGUUGCGCAGGCGAACAGAAUCAGCAUGUCGGCCUCGGCGGCGAAAGUGAGCAGGAAGGAGCAGAACUCGAAUCAUGACGGCGCGGACGAGACCUCGGAAAAAGAACAGCAGGAGGCCAUUGAACACAUUGAUGAAGUACAGAAUGAAAUCGACAGAUUGAAUGAACAAGCAAGCGAGGAAAUCCUAAAAGUAGAGCAGAAGUACAAUAAGCUACGCCAGCCUUUUUUCCAGAAGCGAUCAGAACUCAUAGCCAAAAUUCCAAACUUCUGGGUCACAACAUUUGUCAACCAUCCACAAGUUUCAGCUCUGCUUGGUGAGGAGGAUGAAGAAGCCCUUCAUUAUCUGACCAGGGUGGAGGUCACAGAGUUUGAGGAUAUCAAAUCAGGUUACAGAAUAGAUUUUUACUUUGAUGAAAAUCCCUACUUUGAAAACAAAGUUCUUUCAAAAGAGUUCCACUUGAACGAAAGUGGUGACCCGUCUUCAAAAUCCACCGAAAUUAAAUGGAAGGCUGGAAAGGACUUGACCAAGAGAGCCGGGCAAACACAGAACAAGGCUGGCAAGAAGAGGCAACAUGAGGAGCCUGAGAGCUUCUUCACUUGGUUCACUGAUCACUCGGAUGCUGGAGCUGAUGAGCUCGGAGAAGUGAUCAAGGACGACAUCUGGCCCAAUCCUCUGCAGUAUUACUUGGUCCCAGACAUGGAUGAUGAGGAAGGUGAGGGUGAAGAUGAGGAUGAUGAUGAGGAGGAGGAAGGAUUGGAAGAUAUUGACGAGGAAGGGGAUGAAGAUGAGGGUGAGGAUGAUGAAGAAGAUGAUGAGGGAGAGGAUGGAGAGGAUGAUGGUGAGGAUGACUAAAGGUCACAUGGACAUUGUGAUAUUCCAACCCCUUCUGUACUUGUUCUUUCAAUUUAGUCAUCCUCUGGCCUGAGGGAGCAAAAAAAAUCUUUUUUUUUUUUUUUUUUUUUUUUUUUAUUAUAAUUUUUUUUUUGUGCUCCAUCUUCUGUUCUGAAGCCUCUCCUGUCCUUCCCAUGUCUAAUCAGAGUUAAUUCCCUGGACAUUUCCUUCUUGCAUUCUGAAAACUAGUGGCAUCUCUUUGCUGAAGCCUCUUGCAUCGUCCAUCUCCAAAGACACGUACAAGAUAUUAACGAUCUGCACGUCAUCCUCUGUAGACUAAACUGAAGUAAAUAGCAAUUUAUAUGAUUACAUAAAUUCGUUUUUUUUCUUCUGUGAAUGUUUGUGAUAUAAAAUAAUAAGCCAUGGUGCAGUGAUGAGCUAAACAUAGCGUACAUAACUAGCCACUCAUUUUUCUUCCUCCUCUUCCUUUCUGUAUGUUGUAAUAUGGUUUAAUGCGGGGUUUCUGCUAUAGAGAGUCGACAGUUUUUUCCUAAUGUAAUUAUUUGACAUAAGGAAAGCACCAGCUUGUUCUCAUCACCUCUUGUAGACAUUUUUGGGUGGAUAUGAGAUGAUCAGGGUAAUGGCCUUUGUUAUCGUAGGCAGAUUAAAGCAGGGGUCGGGUGGGGUGAGCGGGUCAGCUACACAUCAACAUCUUUGGGUUUUGUGUUGAUUUGAAUUUUCAUUGUAAUGUUUUACAGACACCCAUGAGGUUUGAAAUUUACAUUUUUAAUAAAAAUAAAACACACACAAAAAAAAUCCUCCUUGUAAUUUUGCGCGAGCAUAAAGGACUAAUCAAGUGAUAAAGAAACUUGUAGAAUCUCAUGAGUAAAUUCACAUUUGGGUCUGUUUAUCUACUUCUAACUUCUAGUGGCAGCCAUCAGUCAUACAAAGUAUUUUUGCUUGUUCUUUUAAUGGUUGUUCUAAACUGCUAGGCAAUAUCAUUUGAGCAGUCAUCAUUUCUAUAGUAGCCCUUUUGUGUAGAGAAAGCUGAGACAUGAAAGUUCAUAAUUCUUUAUAGUGGGUUGAACAUUUGCUUAAUGCUGUCAACAAAUAUAAAAAAAUUUGCCCAAGAAGCAGCUGAGGAAAGCUGGCUAUUUAAACUGAAUUAGAUCAGUUAAGCAUCCUUGUAUACUGAUCUGUGUCCAUAUGUACACUUUCCUUGUAUUUUCUCAUGUGCAGUUACAGUUUGUUAAAUCAUGAAUGUUUUAUGACCAUUCAGUUCAUUUCCUCAGAAACGACCAAGUAUACACAUCAGACUUUAGUACUUACACCUUAGAGAUACACACUGGGUUCAGAAAUGAUUGUGACCCCUUUUAUAUGCAUUUGUAUUAAAGCUUAAAUUAGAAUGAAA